CGUAUCCGGCUGCCAGUCCAGAUGCGGCUUGCUAAAGAGGCAGAGAAGGUGCAGGAUGGAUCCCGUCCCGCUGCUGCUCAUCCUGCUCUCAUCCUGGUCCCUGUCCUCCGCGGUCUACGACGGGCCCCUCCAGCCGGAGAUCUCCAACGGCACCUUCCACCACUUCUUCGUGCCGGACGGGGAUUACGAGGAGACGGUGGACCCGGAGCAAUGCCAGAUGCUGUUCAAGUUCUCCGACGUGGUGCCGUGCGCGGCCGCGGAGGAGAGCGACGGCGCGGUGCGCGACGACUUCAUCGUCGCCAAGCUGCAGGCGGAGGACGCGGCGCGGCUGCUGGAGGGCAUCGGCCGCGCCGUGGCGCACGACCUGGACGGAGAGGUCAGCUACGGGAAGUUCCUCCAGAAGGAGAUCUCCCAGAUCGGCGAGGCCUUCUCCGGCGUGGACAAGUCGCUGGUGGAGCUGGAGGUGAAGUUUAAGCAAAGUCAGGAGACGGAGCUGAAGGAUGAAGAGCAGCUGAACGGCUACGUGCUGAAGCAAGCGAGCGACAUCAGAGGCGCCCUGAGGGAGACCACCGACAUCUCUCAGGGACUCAGAGACAGACAUGAGCUGCUGUCUCUCAUCGUGCGCAGCCACGGCACCAGACUGAGCCGCCUGAAGACCGAGUUCCUCCAUGUGGGCUCAUAGUCGCUUGUUUGUGAGUGGAUGAGUAAUAUAACAAAGAGUCCCCGGUUCAUCAAACAACUGGAAAGUUUAUUGUGGUUUAUGAAUAAGCCUCUGAAGUAUUUCGCUCUGACCUUUUGGUUGCUCCCGUUCCUCGGAGCCAUGCAGGGAGCUGUAACAAAAAUAUCAACACAUUCCUGUGAGUCAGGAAGGGGUGGGGGGGGGGGGGGUUAAGCAAGAAUAAAUUAGGGCUGUGCCGCCGCUGAAGGGGGGUUUAUUCAGUCAGUGGGAUUCAAUCUAGUCUUCUAAAAUUAGUUUAAGGAUGUCAGUCUGUCCUGUGUGAACAUUGUUGGUAGUUCAUUGAAUAAAUAUCUAUUUCAUAACA